UAGGACUGACGUACUAGGAAGUGUGUUCAACACAACAACACUGCAGCUUCAUCAUUUACAAGUUACAUACUAUGGAUACAGACAAAUUAUUAUGAUGCCAUUUCAGCAACAUAUAGAAUUAUUCCUCUAAUAGGAAGCUUCUUUGGGACGAAUUACCACCAAAAAGUUUAUUAUCAUCCACUCUGACUUUGGGGACAUUUCCCACCCUCUCUCAUGUCCUCCGGCUGUCCCCCCCAGUCACCAGCUGUGGCUAAGUCUGAGGUAGCAGUAGAGGGAGAAUGCCCGCUGCUGGCGGCCACCUUCGCCUACUGGGACAACAUCCUGGGUCCACGGGUGCGCCACAUCUGGACACCAAAGGGAGAGCAGCUGAUGUUCCUCAGCGAUGGAGAGGUCACAUUUUUGGCCAAUCAUACACUAAACGGGGAGAUCCUGCGAAGUGCUGAGUGUGGCGCCGUGGACGUGAAGUUCUUUGUCCUGGCGGAGAAGGGCGUCAUCAUUGUGUCUCUUAUCUUCGAUGGCGAGCUGAAGGGGGAUAAGAACACAUGUGCCUUGUCCAUUAUCCUGCCUCAAACAGAGCUGGCCUUCUACCUUCCUCUGCACACCAUCUGCGUGGAGAGGCUAAAGCACGUUAUCCGCAAGGGACGCAUUUGGAUGCAGAAGGGCUACAACAUCAUCUCGGUGCUGAGCUUGGAGAUCAUCCCUAUCAUGGAGCUGUUGGCCUCCAUGAAGUCUCACCAUGUGCCAGAAGAUAUAGACAUAAAAGACACGGUGCUAAAUGAUGAUGACAUCGGGGACAGCUGCCACGAGGAUUUCCUCCACAAAGCCGUCAGCUCUCAUCUGCAGACUUGCGGCUGUUCAAUAGUAGUUGGAAGCAACCCGGAGAAAGUAAAUAAGAUUGUGCGGACUCUCUGCCUCUUCCUCACCCCAGCAGAGAGGAAGUGCUCCCGCCUCUGCAAGGCUGACUCUUCUUUCAAAUAUGACACAGGCCUUUUUGUUCAGGGUCUGCUCAAGGACUCCACGGGCAGCUUCGUCCUGCCCUUCCGCCAGGUGCUCUACUCCCCGUAUCCCACCACGCACAUCGACGUGGACAUCAACACGGUGAAGCAGAUGCCGCCGUGCCACGAGCACACAUACAACCAGCGGCGCUACAUGCGCUCCGAGCUCAGCGCGCUCUGGAAGACGGACAGUGAGGACGACAUCCCCCCCGAAACAGUCAUUCACACCGACGAGACCUUCACACCUGACCUGAAUAUAUUUCAAGACGUCAUGCAUAAAGACACUUUGGUGAAGUCGUUUAUAGACGAGGUUUUUCUCACGACAACAGCAACAUAUUUCUCUCAAGGUGUUCAUGCUGAAGCCGGGCCUGUCCCUGCGGAGCACCUAUCUGGCCCAGUUCCUGCUGCUGCUCCACAGGAAGGCCCUCACAUUGCUCAAGUACAUCGAGGACGAAACGCAGAAAGGGAAGAAGCCGUUUCGAUCCCUGCGCAACCUAAAGACAGACCUGGAUCUGACGGUGGAGGGGGACCUGCACAUCGUAAUGGCCUUCGCCGAGAAGCUGAGGGCGGGACUGCACUCGUUCGUGUUCAGCAAGCCGUUCUACACCAGCAUGCAAGAGCGAGACGUUCUCAUGACCUUCUGACUUAUUCCUCCUCCCGCACUUUUAUGUAUCGGACGCUUAAUGGAAGCAGAUGUCUUUGUUUUCUCAUGUGUUACAUCAAUGCAUGCACGUCUGAAUAUGUGUUUGUGCUUUGCUGGAAUGAAGAAAAACAUGUUGUGUCUUGAUCAGUUCAAGGCUUCAAAGUCUAUACUGCUGUAAUGAGCCAUUGUACUGUACUUUUUUUUUUUUUUUUUAUAUAGUACCUUGAUCGACCGUUAGCAUAAUGUGAGUUGAAUGUUUUGGGAGGACAUCAAUAAUUCUCUAGUCGAUGAAUUAUUCAUGCGUUCUAUGCCUUCUGUUAAUAGAGGGUCUGUAUUAAUUUAUGGCGUUACAAUUGGCUGCCCACCAGGACAUUUGCAAUUUAACUUAAAAUGAUAUUUAUUAAAACGUAUUAGUUUCUUCACUGCCUGUGUAAUAUAUAACCUUUUGAACUGUCGAUGUUUUGUUUUUCAAUUAGAUGUCUCUGUGUUGACUGUGACUGGUGCGUAUCAUCAUAAAAAGGUUCAGAGUAAUCAUAGGAUUUUAUUAAAGAAAAAGAUAACGCACUGUAAUGACAUUUGAUUAUAACCCCUCUUGACAAAGCAGAGCUGUGUGUAGCUGACAGUCAUAAAAUAAAAUCAAGCAAUGUAGUUUAGAAGUGAUAAGUAUCGCUUCCAAAAAUGCAAAUGUUUCUGAUGUGUUAUAUGGUGAGUUGAUAAUGUUGUCCAGUUUCCCUACAUUUACAUAUCAUUUCAAUUUGUAACUUUUGCAGACAGUCCAACUACGUUUAUCACAAAUGCAUCAAAUAACAGACAUUUUCUCUUCCCUUCUAUAAUCUCUUUGCUUCCUUCCCUUUUACUUUAUCGAUCUUAUUUCAAAUGUGAACUUUUGUCUACUUGUGCAGAAAGAGCGAUGAACAAUAAAGACUCUAUUCAUGUCAAA